AUGGCGGAGGACAUCAAGCACAAACUCACAACCAGGAGUACUCGGAGUACUCCUCACAUCCGGCUCAACUCAGGCCGCCAUGAACCGUUCGUUGACAUGGAAGAUGACGGCAGAGAACGACUGAAACAUACACUAUCAGCACGAUCUACUCGCCGCUCUCCAGUUCCAUCAGUUAUCAGACACUCGGCAGGGCCAUCAACAAUCACGGCACUUACCCCCGGAGGCGAUGGAUUGAUGUCACCUCCAUUGAUAUCCCCCACUGAAUCUUCAGAACUCCUCUUCCCACCACCCCGAAAAGUGCGUCGCUCUCGGGAAAGUCCAGAGCGCUCCAAGUCACCGUCUAUGAUCUCCUACAGCUGCACCAGCUGGGACGACUCGCACUCAGACCUGAGCCAAGACAGUCGCGGAUACGCGUUUUAUCCUUUUGCAGACUCAAGAGCGCCGUCUCAUGCGAGUAGUGAUGAUGAGAAUGUGAAUACGCAGACGGUCUCGGAGAAGUAUAAUAUUAUGCCGACGGAGGGGUUGUUGCUGUUCCCGGAGGAUGUUGAGAAGGAUGAUUAUUUGCAUAAUCCUGAUCCGGCGGACAGGGAGCGAGACUGUGAUAUAUGUAAUAACAGGGGAUUGGCUAAUGUGGGUGGGUUGGCGUUGUUAGUGACGGGGAUUGUGGCCCUGUUUAUUAUUUAUCCUGUCACGACAUUCGUGGAUGGUGUCGUCCAAAGCUCUCGAGACCCAUGCACACUGGACCCGAUGUGCAUUUCAAUGACAAGGCCGCUCUUGAAGAAUGUCAGGACCGGUCUUAUUGAUCCUAUGACGCCAAGCUCAGCCAUGACGAAAAAGGCGGCUGAUGGAACUGAAUGGCAGCUUGUCUUUUCCGACGAGUUCAAUACGCCUGGCAGAACCUUUUAUGAAGGCGAUGAUCCGUUCUUUCAGGGAGUGGAUCUUUGGUACGGAGUGACUGAGGAUCUAGAGUGGUACGAUCCAGACGCAAUAACAACAUCAAACGGUGUUCUAGAAAUCCACUUCGACAGUUACGACAACCACAACCUCAGCUUUCGGUCUGGCAUGCUCCAAUCCUGGAACCAAAUGUGUUUCUCAGGCGGACGACUUGAAGCCAGUAUCUCCCUUCCCGGACGAGGCGACACAUCUGGUUUCUGGCCCGGUUUCUGGGCAAUGGGUAACUUGGGACGAGCUGGAUACGCAGCAACUACAGAUGGGAUGUGGCCAUACAGCUAUGAUGAUAUCUGCGAUGUGGGAAUCACGGCAAACCAGAGUUCGACGGAUGGCUUGAGUUUUUUGCCUGGCAUGCGUUUACCGGCUUGUACGUGUCCGGGUGUGGAUCAUCCAUCGCCUGGGAAGUCGAGGGGUGCACCAGAAAUUGAUGUUAUUGAGGCUAGUGUUACAGUGCUCGAUGAGAUGCAGGAUCGGAUUGGCGUGGUCUCUCAGAGUUUGCAGUUGGCGCCGUAUGAUACGUGGUAUUUGCCAGAUUAUGAUUUCACUGCCGUCUACAACCCAUCCAUCACCGAGAUCAACACCUACCGUGGCGGCCCCUUCCAACAGGUCGCCUCCGGCCUCACCAACCUCAACAACAACUGGUACGACGGCAAAGAAUACCAAAUCUACGCCUUUGAAUAUGCUCCCGGCGCCAAUGGGAACGUAACCUGGUUCGUCGGCAGCGAAAAGACCUGGACUAUCGACGCUAAAGCCGUUCGCCCUAAUGGUAACAUUGGCCAGAGAGUAAUCCCCGUGGAGCCAAUGUACCCAAUCCUGAAUUUUGGUAUGUCGCCUUCAUUUGCGAUGCUCAAUUGGACGGGGCUGGCCGAGACGUGGCCUGCUACGAUGAGAGUAGAUUAUAUUCGGAUUUAUCAGGAUCCGAAUGAAAUUAGUAUUACGUGUGAUCCGGUGGGGUAUGGGACAACGGAGUAUAUUAAGCAACAUCCUGAGGCGUACCAUAAUCCUAAUUUGACUUUGUGGUCGCAAACUGGAAGACGCCGAAAAUCCAGGCUCAGCAUGAUAUGCUUGUCUGGUGGGACGUUACUCUCAACCUCAUCACCCGUCAAGGCUCUGUCCUCUCCAACCCAACCAUUAACAGUAUCUCCAAAUCCAACAGCGUCUUCACGUUCUACAGCGUCUCUAGAUGCCCCUAAGAACUAUUCGAGUACAUGUUCCGCCUGGGAACUUACGCGCGCGAAUUCGAGCUUUCCUCGUCUACAUUGA